AUGGUUCACUACCCAGACGAGCCCGUUUAUUCAGACAAGUACGAAGAUGAUUGUUUUGAGUAUCGGCAUGUUCUUCUCACUAAACUUAUGACGCAAGAGGUGAAAUCACUCUUGCAGAAACGGCCAAAGGAGCUGUUGUACGAAUCUGAUUGGCGGAACCUGGGUGUUCAGCAGAGUCGAGGCUGGCAGCAUUACCUGCUGCACAAGCCUGAGCCCCACGUGCUCUUAUUCCGACGGCCACUGGGCACUGAUCCGCAGACCGGGAAACCACCUAAACACUGGAAACCGCCUUCUGACGGACGGGCGUCGGUGCCAGUUACCGCAGAAAGAUGA